AUGACACGAAAGGUUUUAAAGAUUUCGUUGGCAGUACUCUUGCUACUAGGAACAAAGGCAUUAGACAUAACCACAUCACUCAAAGAUGUCAAGCCACUGGCAGUUGGGUCUGGAACCAGCCCUCCUAAGAACUCAGCUAGCGUUACUUUACCAAAACCAACCGAAUCUAGUCAAUCAACAGAAGAUUCAGCAACGACCAACGAUCGUUCUAGUUUACAACAACCGAACGAAGCUGGUGUCGAUGUUACCCAGCCCCCAGAACGUUCAGCAUUUUACGGUUUAAGCAACAGUUGGUUCAAUGAUUUCAGCAGUAACUUUGCCGAUUUAAGUACCAACUUUCAUUCCACUGUCAACUGUUCUGAACCUAACAAUCCGUCGUUAUUAUUUAACAUUGGAACUGAUGGUACUGGAUAUCCAGUUGUAGCAAUUACUAAUGAGCUCAAUCAACGGCCCGCGUUUGGUCAGUUUUUAGUUCAAGAAGUUCCUGGACCCAUUGUUGUUCCCCCAGAUCCAGUAUUCGACACAGCCAAUCGAACAUGUCCCGGAGUUGCACAGAAUGUGUUUUCCUUCAACUCAGCAUUACGUGGACCAUGUUGGGUUCUCCAGGGCUUCCAAGAUCCUCUGUUUACAGUUACUUGUCAAUUGGGAGAUUGUAUUGGUUGCAGUAAUAGCUACUCUACGUCCACCACAACUCACGUAGGUUCAACUGUGACCUUCAAAUAUAAAUGUAUACCACAAUAUAAAUCGAUCUCGGUAUGGGCAUAUUGUCCUUUAGUUGGUUUCCCAGCUAUCAUUCGGGAACAAGUCAUUGUGCCCUCAUUCUGUUCCUGUGUCCAAACCCCAUGUACCAAGACCACUGUCAGCUAUGGCGGGUGGUGA